GUCAACAGCAGAGAGCCUGUCCAAUCAGAAUGAAGCAGAGCUGCAGCGUCGCCUGGCGGAGCGACAGGAGGAGAUCAUCCACAUGCAGGAGAUCCUCGAAACCAAAGUUCAGCUGCUACAAGAGGAGGCCGAGCUGGCGCGAGGCGAGGCUGAGCGGAUGGCCUCGCUGGCGGACUCAGAGACUCAGCGCUGCCUGGCUCUGGAGAGAGAGAUGGUGGAGAGGAUGGAGGAGAGUGGAGGCUUGGGUGGACUGCUCACCCAGCGGGCCCUGGAUGACAAAGACAGGGUGAUCGAGGAGUUGACUCAGCAGAAACAUUCUCUGGGUCUCCAGGUCGAGGAGCUUGAGGUCAAAGUUCACAAUCUUUCCUCUCCUCUCAAGAAGAAAGAG